AUGGGUAAAGCUCAGAAAAAGACAGGAAAGGGCCGUUUGGACAAGUACUACAAACUUGCCAAGGAGCAAGGCUACCGCGCUCGUUCAGCAUUCAAGCUAAUCCAGCUCAACAAAAAGUACUCCUUCCUGGAGUCUGCACGAUGCGUUAUAGAUCUUUGUGCUGCCCCUGGUGGUUGGUUGCAGGUUGCGAGCAAAUACAUGCCGGUCAACAGUAUCAUCGUCGGCGUUGAUUUGGUGCCCAUCAAGCCGAUUCCAAGAGUCGCGACGUUUGCCGCGGAUAUCACUACCCCUCAGUGCCGAAAUCUUAUUCGCUCCGAGCUGAAGGACUGGAAAGCCGAUGUCGUUCUCCACGAUGGUGCCCCGAACGUCGGUACCGCUUGGGUUCAGGAUGCCUACUCUCAGUCCGAGCUUGUAUUGAUGAGCUUGAAACUGGCUGUCGAAUUCCUCGCCAAAGGCGGCACUUUCGUGACCAAAGUGUUCCGAAGUGUGGACUACAACAAUCUCAUCUGGGUGUUCAGUCAGUUAUUCGGGAAGGUCGAAGCUACUAAGCCGCCUUCGUCAAGAAACGUCUCAGCUGAAAUCUUCGUCGUCUGCCGCGACUUCCUGGCUCCCAAACACAUUGACCCCAAGUUCCUCGAUCCGAAGCACGUUUUCAAAGAACUGUCUGCAUCUGCGUCUGCCGCCGACAAAGGCACCUCCGCAAACAAUACCCACGCGAAUGUGUUCCAGCCGGAGAAGAAACGCAGGAAGCGUGACGGUUACGAAGACGGAGACUACACCUUAUUCAAGAAGGUCGGCGCAGCCGAGUUCAUUCGGGGCGCCGAUCCUGUGGCCCUUCUCGGGACUGUCAAUAAGAUAGUUUUCGAGACGGAAGAGGAAAAAGAGUGGCUGGACUUCGAGGGCACAACCUCGGACAUCAAAGCUAACUGCGAUGAUCUGAAGGUUCUCGGUAAAGGCGACUUCAAAGCAUUAAUCAAAUGGCGCGCAGCUCUCAGAGAAGAACUUGGUCUCGAUGUCAAGACGAAAGAUACGGAGGAGAUCACUGAGGUCGCCGAAGUUACUGAGGAGGUCGACGAGGAGCAGCAGAUCCAGCAAGAAUUCGAGAGGAUCCAAGCAGAAGCAGCUGCCCGCAACAAGCGUGCUAAGCGCCGAGCCAAUGAGCUCAAGCAGCGCGCCAUUCAGCGCAUGCAGUUACAGAUGACGGCACCUAUGGACAUUGGCCUGGAGCAGACGGACGCUACGUUAGCCCUUGGCCAGGACGAUAUGUUCGACUUGGCUGACACCGAGAAACGUCUGCGGAAACAAGGCAAUGAGCUCAUCGAUCUUUCUUCGCCGGAUAUUUCGGAGGAAGAAGACGCAAGCGACCAAGAGUCCGAGAAUGAGCUUGAUGUGUUGGAUGACGAGGAGGAGAGGGCGCGGAAAGUCGCGGGGCUUGAAGCCGAGUUGGACGGUAUGUACGACGCCUACCAAGAGAGGAUGAAGGAGAGGGAUGCGAAGUACAAGGUCAAGCUAGAGAGGAGAAGGAACAAGGAGAGGGACGAGGAAUGGGGCGGAGUCAAGUCCCCGAAUACAGAUGAGGAGGAGAGCGAUGACGAGGGCGGCUGGGACAAGAUGGAAGAGGCGAAAGGCCAUAUGGACUUUGAGUCUGAUGACUCUGACUCAGACAGCGAGAGCGAAGCUGCUGAAUCAAGCGCUCCUAGCCGAAAACGCCGACGGUUAGAGAAUGGCGGAGCAGCCGCGACGGCGGGUGGGCGUACGAAGCGAAAGCUGGUCACGAAGUUAGAGGAUCCGAAGUCAACGGCCCAGACCAGCCGUACUGCUCAAUUAUGGUUCAGCCGAGACGUCUUCGCCAACCUAUCCGAUUUAAAUGACGUCGAAGAGGAUGAGCAAGUUUCGGUCGAAGAUGAAGAUGAAAUGUCGGUCGAUCCCGAUCCCGCGGCCGACCAAGCAUCAUCGCAUGAUGAUUCCGAUUUCGAAGUUGUCCCUCAAGAAGACGAUGGCGACGUCUGGGACGUCGAGAACGAUGAUGAGGAUGAUGUUCGGCAGGAUACGAUACGAAAGCACGGCCUCUUGACAGCGGAAGCCAUGACAUUGGCUCAGCAACUAGUGAACCGGGAGAAGACCAAGACCGAACUGAUCAACGACGGUUUUAACCGAUAUUCUCUAAAUGCGAAGGAUGGGCUACCUUCCUGGUUCCUUGAUGAUGAAAACCAGCAUUAUAAGCCGAACAUUCCUAUUACGAAAGAAGCAGUAGAUGCCUUGCGCGCGAAGAUGCGGGCUCUGGAUGCUCGUCCCAUCAAGAAGGUAGCGGAAGCUAAAGCGAGGAAGAAGAUGAAAGCGGCCCAAAAACUAGCUAAAGCUAUGAAGAAGGCCGAAGGAGUGGUGCAGACCGCUGAUAUGACUGAAAAAGAAAAGGCUCAACAGAUAGAGAAGCUUAUGCGGAAAGGCAUGUCCGCCAACAAGAAGAAGAAGGAAGUUAAAGUUGUGGUGGCAAAGGGUGCUCAUAAAGGCAUCAAAGGUCGGCCUAAGGGAGUCAAAGGUCGAUAUACCAUGGUGGAUUCCCGAAUGAAGAAAGAAGUGCGUGCGCAGAAACGGCGCGAGAAAGCCAAUAAAAAGCGGAAGCGCACAUAAUAUUCUCGGCACUGGCACACAUGGGUUACGAUCUGAGUUGUGUAUUAAUGGAUAUGGUCUAUUAUAAGACAUUGGUCUCGUAGUCCGAUACAUGUGGGUGGAACUUGCGAUUCGUAUCGUCUGUGAGACGGUCGCAC